UAUGUUGGCUUCAUAAAUUGUUCGUAUGACUCUAUCUAUUGUAUAUGAUCUAAGAAAAUAUUAUUUGAAGUUAUGACAACAACAACAUUGACAACGAUUGUCGAUCAUUGUUUUUUAACGUGUCUUAGUGGUUUUAUUUUGAAAAUUUUUUCAUUUUAAAUAACGUGUUUAUUUGUUUGCUUAAUUUGGUCUUACCAUAAUGCCGAGUUGUUUUAUUUGUUCACGUACGAGAAAUGCUGAAUCGAAGAAAGGAAACAUUAGCUUUCAUCGAAUUUCCAAAAAAGAUGGUAUUCGUGAGCAGUGGUUAGAAUUUUUCAAAGAAUGCGGUAAAGAUAUUUCAACAAUGAAAUUGACAUCAGCUAUUUGUUCUGAACAUUUUAAACCUGAUGAUUUUAUGAAGUAUCUCAGGAACAAAACAUUACAUGAGAAUGCUGUUCCCUCAAUUGUUGUUAACCGUUUAAAAUAUGCUAAAAAAGCUGUUCCUGAAGUCUUGAAACAAUUGACAAAUCACAGUAUAUAUUAAGGAUAAAUUAAAAGUACGGUGAAAUGCAUGUGAAAGAGAAGUAUAAAUUGAAAUUUUCACAUUUUCCCUAAUUCUAAUAGGUUGAGUUUACAAUAAAAGAAUC